GCUGCAGUGCUAGCCUGCCCGGAGCUACUCUUGCGGGGAAUAUCCUUGGAUAUGAAGCUGCCUAUGUUGCAAGUCGGGUUACGGGUCGAGAUGAAGCUUCUGCAUGGCCAGGGGUGGAUGGGGUGGAAGGAGCAGCUUCAUGCCAGCCCACCAGUGCAGAGAUUGCUGUGGAUUAUUUCUUGAAGAAACUUGCAAAUAAGGAGAUAAGUUUAAGAAACCUUAAUGUAGACAAGGAAUGGGACAACAAAACAGAGAAAGAUCUGUUGUGCUUCCCCAAAGCUCCCAAUGAAGUAGAAGAUGGCCAUUUUGAGUAUGGUGAUCUGCAUGAAAAUGGACACUUGCUAAUCCCGGGUCCUUCCCUGGACGGCAGAAGGGACCUCCGGAGAUCUCAGUCUUUGGGGGAUCUGAAGAAUUCAGAGGAGCCAGAGUGCAUGAUUGAUUCUGAUCAUGUACAUCAGGAUCAUCCUGAGGAGACGGCGAGGUUAAGACUGUCCAAACCGAAGCAGGACAGCUUGGACAUGGAGUCGGAAAGCGGUGACAUCGAAAACACUGAUCCUGGGGCAGCAUCUGAAAUCAUUGGAGACAUGGACUCCCCCUUGAUGGAUCUUGAGGUGCGGGGUAUCUUGAGCCACCUAGACAAUCCCAUGGAUCCACACUGCAGCAUGAGUGUUAGUAGCCUCAAUCAUGAUUCUGUGUUCCAGCAACAUGAGCCGUCUUUUCAGUUGGUUGUAGAUGAAGGAACAGAUAAAGAUGAAAGUAACUCCACUGAGCAGAGUAGUAGUGCCCCGUCGAAAGUGAAAAGCCUUAGAAUUCACAUUUCUCAUUCCUCUAAACUAGAAAAUCAGAGUUCAAAUGAGUAUGAAUCAGAAACUGGUAUACCAAAUUCACCCACAUUGUACAUAAGUGGUGUUUCUAUUUGCCGUUCCCCUGAGCCGCGGUCACCCAAAGUUCAACACCGAGAGACACGUUCUCCUAGCUUGACGCUUCCUUUAUGCUGCACACCUGAACCUAGGUCGCGAGGAGAGGCAAGGCUGGACAUUUCGCCCCUGCCGAUCUAUAGUCGUUCUCGUUCCUCGUCCCUCGUGGUUCCAAGCUCAGCCACUCUUUCCUCGAGAGUUUCAGCACGGACAACCGGCACGUGUCUUCAUCUCUCUUCCUUAUCCCUCCAAGCCACCAGAGCUACAUCACCCUUCCUCCUGGGUGAAUUGCGUGUCUCAAGGUCGGCAUCUGAGCCUGAAAAGGGUCGUUUAGUGUUCCAGUUUCCUAAGUCCCCAACUGAUGGUGCCCUCAGCUCUGUCUUGCAUGUUGAAGAAUCAAACUUAAGUUCCGAUGACUUCCAUGAAGCUUUGUUUCUUGGCAAAUCACCCAAACCCAACAAAAGAAAAAAGUCAAAGAAAGAGAGAAACAAAGAUGCCAAGGAUAGGAGUAAAAGUGAGAAAGAGAGCAAAGAUAGAAGUAAAGAUGUGAAACAGAAAGAAAAAAGUAAAGAGAAUGGGAAAGAAACCAAAGAGAGGAAGGAGAGUAAAGAUAAGAGGAAAGUGAAGGAGGUGACUUCAGCCGUAUGAUCGUUUCUUGAAGUUUGAAUUUUCACGGUUGUCUUGAAACGCUUGUAGAAUCUCUAUGGAAAUCUAAUAUUAAGGGUGGGAUUGAUGCACUUACUGUUACAAAUAUUUUCACUUUUUAUUUCCAUUCAUAUUAUUUUUGGGGGUAUAUUAUUUUUAUAUGUAUGUAUAGUAUCAAUGAUAUUGGGGAUAAAUAGAUUGACUUAUAAUUUGUUUUUCCUAUGCUGUAUUAUUUUUUUCUUUAUCAUGAUUAUAGUUUAUUGAAAAAAGGAAAAAAAUGUAUAAGAAAAAAGGUCUAAAAUUGAAGCUUUCAUUACUUUUAUACACAGUUGGAUCUUACAUGUACUGUCAAAUGUCAUGUUCCAUACAGAUUUUUCCUCCCUACCUGUGAUAAUGUAGUCAUGAUUAGAUGUCAUGUUUUUUUAGAUACUGUUGCUUUGGAUGUCAUUCAUUUCCUUUUAAUAACUUUGUCUGUGAUCAUUUUUCUUUCACUUUUUUGAAGUACAGUAGAAAGUAGACUGCCAUUCCUGGCCAGAAUCAUGUAUUUGAAGGCGCAUAGGUGAUUUUGAUGAUAAAGUUAAAAUGCCUUUUUCUCAGAAUUAAAUAGAAUUGUCCAAAUGAAUGUAGAUAGAAUUUUGUAUUGUUUAUAAAGAAGAAAAACUUUUAAGGGCUUUAAUGUAAAAAAAGUACUGUGAUUUUGUAUGGCUGAAACCAUGUUUGGUAAGUGAGAUUUUUGCCAGGCAGUUGGAUAGUAUUCCCACCCCUGUAUGCAGUUAGUAAGCAGUAGGAUUCAUCCAAUAUAUCAAUCCAUAGAUGCCAUUUAGCAGUCAGUUGGUAGAAGCCAUUUCAUUCUAUAGACGCAGAUGAUACAUGUUUUGACAGAAUUAGUAUAUGCAUCUAUAAAGUCAGUCAGUCUGUGCAAUCUUUACAAUCAGAAUCAGGUGAUUAUCACCAAAACAGACAACUAAUGAACAGAAAUGUGUUGAAAAGUUUAAUCUGUAAAAAAGAACCCUUAAAACCGUCAAUAAAAAAAAGACAAAUCAAUUGGUAGGUAAUAAAAAUUUGUUAAAUGUUUAAAUGUAGCAACUUAAUCAGUGUUUCAUACUCUAGAUAGUAUUAAACUCAACUAAUCAUGUACAGAACUGUCCCUGACUGCCAAUGUCUUGGGUAUCAGCACUCGUGUUGAUGAGGUCGGUAUAUUAGGCCUUGGAUAGGGAUUUACUCCACUAUUUUGUGUCAUUUUUUGUGUUUGCCAUAACUUUUAAGACAUUUGUAAACCAUAUCUGAAGCUUCAUGUGCCUAACCUUAUCACUGUUAAUACCAGGGUCCUGGGAAACACAGUUUAUCAGCUUCAUAGUGUUCACUAGAUCGCACAGUUACGGUACCUUAGAGGCAGCUAUAUGCCUUGGCAUUGAGUGUUGGCGAUGUGUAUGUUGAUGAGUUCCUUCAUAUAACACUCACUAACUCAAUUUGUUAUUCUGUAAUAUUUUGUGAUAGUUUCAUAAGGCAGUUAGCUACCUCAACUGUCUAAAGAGUGUUAUAUCAAGGCCCUUUUGUAAAUGUUUCACUAAAACCUUGUAAUUAUGAACAUACUCAUAGCUGUGGAGUAUGUCUAUGUGUUCAGCAUAUGUGUGGGUAUGAUUAACACUAGUGUUCUUACAGUUUGCCUUCCUCUGGACUUUCUGCUGACUUCACCACAGUUGAAUGAAUGUUUCUUACUAGUCAGAGAGAGAUGUUGAUCUUGUAAAGACAAGCCCUCCUUGUAAGAUGUUAGAUGCUUUUUGCCUCUCAUUUCUAGACAUUUCUUUAUAUGGUUAAUAGGAUUUCAAAUGUUUAAACUAUACAGCACAUGUUUUCUUGUUGUAUACUGCAGAUUUUACCUACAAAGUGGCAACAUUCCACUCUUGGCACAUGUUUGAAUAUUUCUAUAUUUUCAGAGUUACAUCCUCUAUCUAAUGCACAUUGAUGCCUGCUCUCCAUAUGACAUUUUUAUCAGUGUUAAGUUCUGAACUUCAGUACCUCAGGAAAAGUAGCAAGUGUUGAAUAUUUGCAGUUACAAAACAGUUUGGGUGUGAUUAUACUCAGAGUUUUUAUGCAGAGUUAUGUAAUUAACAAAGUGCAUAUUGUAUGCAACAGCACUGAGUGUAGUACCAUAGUAACAAAUGCUUUGUUGAUGUAAUACUUUUAACAUUCAGAACUAAAGAUGACUGAUUAAAUAUGAUAUAGGCACUGAUGUUUAGAGCAUUUUUUACUUAUUUAUUCAAUAAUACUGUCAUAUAUUUUUUUGAAAGAGGAGUACAAUAUACCAUCGUCAUAUGCGACUGAAUCAAGUAUUUUUUAUAUGCAUACGAAAUAUAUAUUACCCUCAGGUCGCACAUUGCUUAAGAGUGUAUUAUCAGUAUAGAAUAUUUACAUAAACAUCUAAGUUUAAAAUCUGAAUAGACUACCUUGAUUAUGUCGCAUAUUGAUAUAUGUCAGCUGUGUUCAUGACAAUAUAAUAGUUGUCUCUUCUUUAUUACGACCAUUAUCAUUAUUUUGUUUUUAUGAAUCAUGCAGUAUAUACAAUUAACGAACAUACCAAAGGUUCUUGUAUGUCAACUGCCACAUGAUCUUGUUUGAAACAGGAAUGGUAGCACUUGCAUUUACAGAAUUGAUUAGAUUUAUUGAUUGUGCUUUGAAGUUAUAUCUUUAGUUAGAAUGGUACUGUUUCCAGGUACUUUGAAAUUAUAUUUAUGUUUUUGCCUAUUUGAAAUACUAACUUUUAUGUGUUAGAAAAAAAUCCUAUUUUAUAUUUUUGAGGUGAUUACAUUUAUUAACACAAUAAUAUUGCAUGAAUGUCAUGGUGCCAGUUGGUUGAAUGUAUCAGGCAAUCAUUCAUAGACAUGCAUAGUAUGAAUGUAAACACUUUUUUGAUGGCCUGAAUUUUGUAAAGUAAAAAAAAGAAAAAGAAAAAAUAUAUAAUUGUCUUAAUCCUGAAGGUCAUUAUCUUCAUGCAAAGAUCUUCAGAGAGGUUAAUGUAGCCAAAUAAAGCUCAAGAGUUGUGUUCAGAAAUGUGAGGAGCUGCGUUAAGAAGUCAAGGAACACUUUUUGUAUUGUUUUGAUGGUAUCCCAGUUUUAGGGAGUACUUUUUUGAAUCUCUUUUUUUUAUUUAUAUGGUUGUCAAUAAAAGGAAGAAUGAUCUGCUCUUUAAGACUUUUUAAACUUUGUGAUAUAUGAUUUGGGAAAAAAAGAUAUGCACAGAAUGAAACAUACCAAAUUCUAGUGCAGUAUCUAACAGCAUUUUUUUUCAAGAUUGGAAAAGAGGAGAGAGUGAGAGAUUGGGUGAGUUUCUAAAUAAAUUAAGAAUAUUUCUUGCUUUCC